CUCUGUCUGAUCUGGAGCUCGUGGCCCAAUCUAUGGCCUUUCUUUUUGCGGGCUACGAGACCACUAGCACUUCUCUUUCCCUCUUUGCCUAUGAAUUGGCCACUCACCCUGAUGUCCAGCAGAAACUGCAGGAGGAGAUUGAUGCGACUUUCCCCAAUAAGGCACCACCCACUUACGAUGCCCUUGUACAGAUGGAGUAUCUGGACAUGGUGUUGAAUGAAACUCUCAGGUUAUACCCAAUCGGUGGUAGACUUGAGAGGGUGUGUAAGAAAGAUGUGGAAGUCAGUGGUGUGUUCAUUCCCAAAGGGACAGUGGUGAUGGUGCCAGUCUUUACUCUUCAUCGAGACCUGGAUUUCUGGCCAGAGCCUGAAGAGUUCCGUCCUGAAAGGUAUAGAGAACCCUGGAAAGGGGAACCUACCCUCUUAUUGGAGGAUAUUCUAACAUCUGUUAGUGUAGAUGACAAGCAUGUGGUUGUACAAUUACUUAUUUGGACAUCUUUUUGCUCUCAGAGGUUUUUUCCUUACUACAAAAUGAUUGUUCUUUGGUGUCAGUAUUUUAUAAACUAUUGACUAGAAACAAAGAAA